UAGGAUAUAUUCAGAGGACUGGUGACCGUGAGGAAAGAUGAUGAUGAUGAUGAUGAUGAUAGGAGGGACAGUAGAGGGGAGAACACAAGUACCAGACUAAUGUCAAUGGUAGAUGAAGACACACAGUUCCUGGACUCAGAAGGAUUUUUAUGUGCUAAGAGGCAGCCUGAAGCUAAGUUGUCUUCAUUUUCAGCCAUUACCAGUAUUAUGAAUAAGGACAGAGGAGGGAAGGGGACAGCUGGAGAUCCUUCCUUCAGUCAGAUUGAAGCAAUGUGCUCGGGAUCCUUUACUAAAGGACUGGAUGGUCCUGAAGGUACUCAGUGUAGCUUCAGUGACGUGGUCGGACUUUGCUCUGGGGUUUUUCCCUCUGCCCCCUCAACUACACAGAUUGCAAUGGCAACGAGCAGUGAAGACGAACAAGAUGACAUAAUGCCGACUUUGAAACGAAAAUCAAAGUCCAAACAACCAGAUCAAAGUGAAAGAUUAAAAGAUUUUGUCGAGAGUGAGGCAGAGUUAUCCGGAACUGAUAUAGCAUCGGAUGAUGACGAGGAAGAAAUGGGUGGAGACUCGUACGAGGAGGAGGAAGGGGCGGGGUCAGACGUGCCCCUAUCAGAGGGAGAGUUAUGGGAUCAAGUAAAUAAAGUUCACAUGAAGCAGUUAGCUGAUGAUGAUAAAGCUGAUUUAAGAAACAUCAAAGACAGAUUCUUAUUAGAGGGUGAUUUGUGUGAAGAUGGUCUUUAUCUCAAGAAUGGGUUCUUUAGGUCGCGUCGUUUUGCUUCAAAGAGAACCGGCUCCGAAACCUCGCUUGACAUGUUUUUAGAGACAGAGAGAGAUUUUGAGUUAGGAGAAGGAGAAGAAGGUGAUGACGACUCUCAAAUUGAAGCAAAGAAGAGAAGAGAUAGACUGGAGAGAGACGAAUUUAUUAGAAGAAGCCAAGCUAGAUCAGAUCUGCUAACAUUCGAUGACAACAGUCAGUCAAUUUUAAAUCUAAUCAACGAUAACUCGUCAUUGGCUGUGCCACAAACUCCUGAAGUCAAAACUGCUGUAGAACCAUUAUCACUAUCAGCUAAAAGGUCAAGGUGUGGCUCAUUUCUUAAGCACACUCCUUCAACUCUUCAAAGAUUAUCGUCCUACACUAAUACUACACCAGCUGCUACUGGCGGACGCUCUUUUGUCUUCAGGAGUGGAGUGACAGCUGGAACACCUUCAUCUACCAAAUCUAAUGGUCAAAAAAGACCCAAAUUACUCAAAUCAAUUUCUUUGCCACACGAAGAUCGUGGGCCUGGAAGCAACAGUAAUAGCAUAUUCGAUGAACUUUAAUCCUCAAUCAUUAUUAAUAGCUUUUAUUUAUUGUCAUGAAUGCUGCACUGGCAUGACCGAAAUUUAUUAUCAUUGUUAUUAUUAUUAUUAUUAUUAGCAAAAAAAUCAUGGCAAAAUCAUAAUGAAAAACAUGAUCAAAAAAGC